ACUGCUGGGGGAAAAGAGAGUCUGAGGAGCCAGAAAAGAAGUUUCUGGGACAGAAGUUGCAGCGACAUGAACUUAGACGAUGACACGAAGUGGCUCGAGUGGGUAGCCAAACAGUUUGAAAGUAUCGCCGGUGAUGAUAAAGAGAUCAACUUGGAAGAAUUCAAAACUGCUCUCAAGGUGAAGGAGUCCUUUUUCGCUGAGCGGUUCUUUGCCUUGUUUGACUCGGAUGGAAGCGGCACCAUCAGUUUGGAUGAGCUACUAGAGGCCUUGAAGCUGCUGAUGCACGGAAGGGAAACAGACAAACUCCGGUUCCUCUUCCAGGUUUACGACGUGGAUGGCAGUGGGUCCAUUGAACCUGAAGAACUGCGCACAGUCUUAAAAUCAUGCCUGAAGGAGAGUUCAAUAUCUUUGCCGGAAAAGAAGCUAGAUGACCUCACAGUGGCUCUUUUUGAGUCAGCUGACUCUGACAACAGCGGGUCCAUCACCUUUGAGGAGCUCAGGGAGGAACUGGAGCACUUCCCAGAUGUCAUGGAGAACUUAACUAUAAGUGCCUCAAGCUGGCUAAAGCCCCCUAUAGCUCCAAGGAAGACCCACGCACCACGCUACCUGCGCCCAGCCUAUUGGCACAACAACAGGAGCAAACUUAUUUUCCUGGGCAGCUAUGUGUGUGUCAGCAUCCUCCUCUUCACCUUUGCGGCGCUAAAGCAUGUUGACUCUGGGCUCUGGAUAAUGCUGGCAAAAGGUUGUGGGCAGUGCCUGAACUUCAACUGUACAUUUAUAGUGGUGCUGAUGUUACGCCGAUGUUUGACAUGGCUACGGGCCACCUGGGUUGCCAGAGUUCUGCCUCUAGACCAGAAUGUCAUUCUGCACCAGCUAAUGGGCUACGUGGUGGCGGCUCUAACAGUGGUUCACACAGGGGCUCACGUGGUCAACUUUGUGAGAAUGUCUCGGAACAAAGGCCGCUAUCACCUUUGGGAAUACCUCUUCACCACUCGGCCUGGGAUUGGCUGGAUUUAUGGAACCGCCUCCGUCACAGGCCUCUUGCUCCAGCUCCUCAUUUGCCUCAUGCUCCUAUGCUCAAGCACCUUCGUCCGCAAGAGCGGCCAUUUUGAGGUCUUUUAUUGGACUCACCUUUCUUACAUCUUCAUUUGGGCUUUGUUAAUCAUCCAUGGACCUAAUUUUUGGAAGUGGUUUGUCAUACCUGGAUUUCUGUUCCUCUUAGAGAAGAUCUUCGGGGCGGCAUUGUCUCACGUUGGAGGGCUGUACAUAGUGGAAAUCAACCUUUUGCCCUCAAAGGUGACUCAUCUGGUGAUUAAGAGACCUCAGUUUUUCCACUACAAACCUGGUGACUAUGUAUAUCUGAAUAUCCCAGUCAUAGCCAAGUACGAAUGGCAUCCGUUCACCAUCAGCAGUGCUCCAGAGCAACCAGGAGUCAUCUGGCUGCACAUACGAUCCCUGGGACAAUGGACCAACAGGCUAUAUGAAUACUUCUGGCAGCAUCACGAACUUCCUGACGAUAAGUCCAAACGGCUAGACAGAAAUGCAAGGAGGAAAAACAGGUCCCAGAAAUGGGUGCAGAAAUGUCUCUUUGGCUCCUCUGACCUGGACCAGCCUGUGGCCAGCAGUGCGGAUGAGACGAUUGAGAUCUUAUCUUACACAUCCAUCAAGUAUCCCAGCUGGGAUACUGCAAGGAGUGUCGGCGUAGCCAGCCAGUGCAAGGAGAUUUCUGACAGCCUUGGUGAGAAUCGGAGACUCUGUAAAAUCAAGUGCUACAUCGAUGGUCCUUAUGGGACUCCCACACGGAGGAUCUUCACUUCAGAGCAUGCCGUGUUGAUAGGGGCGGGAAUAGGGAUCACACCCUUUGCCUCCAUUUUGCAAAGCAUCAUGCUCAGGCACCGUAUGCGAAAGCAAGCCUCCUUUAGCCAGGAGAACAUGAAACUCCUGAAGGUUGACUUUAUCUGGAUCAAUCGAGAUCAAAAAUCAUUUGAAUGGUUUGUAAGCUUGCUAACCCAGCUGGAAAUCGGUCAAGCUGAUGAAGACCCUAGUGAUCGCUUUCUGGAGAUGCACUUGUACAUGACCUCAGCACUCGGCAAGAAUGACAUAAAGGCUAUUGGCCUGCAGAUGGCAUUGGAUCUGCUGGCUAAAAAGGAGAAGAAAGACUCCAUCACAGGCCUCAAGACAAGAACCCAGCCGGGGCGCCCAGAGUGGAACAAGCUCUUUCAGAAACUGUCUAAAGAAAACAAAGGGAAAGUCCAUGUCUUCUUCUGUGGCUCUCCAGCUCUUGCCAAGGUCAUCAAAGCACACUGCGAGCAAUUCAACUUCCGGUUCUUCAAAGAACACUUCUAAGGGGCAUCUCAAGCCCAUCCGGAUGGGACCUGGGCUGCGUCACCAGAGGCUGGUGACAUGAGUUACAUAGAGAGUUGUAGAACAAAACAAAAAUGUUUAUGAAGUAGUUUGCUAAGACCCCCAGCAAGUUUCAAGUGGUCAACAGAAGUGUUUUUGCUAACUGCUGUUCUAUUAAUACUUUGCAAAUAAACCUUUCUGGAGAGGUGGAAGAAGAUGGAGAAAGCACAGCUGAGCAAGUUCCUUUGGGGCAUCAAAGUGUGGUCUGUUAAGGGU